UCCGUUCCGGGUCGGGUUGUCGGGGCGCGCAGUAAAUAAUGAAAACGCAUGGCUCGAUUCUACUGGCGGCCGAACGUAGAGUUGCGUACCUUCACCGGACCAAAUAAAAGUUCGUUCAAAAGGGCGGUAGGGUCUUAUAGUAGAGGAACGUUGAUGGAUUGAGGUGUUCGAAAGGUUUGGGGCUUGCGUGAAGUUCAGGUGCGUCUGAUGGAGCCCGAUUGCAAGAGGGAGGCCGGUCGCAAGCUCUGGGCAGAGGGAUUUAGGUCGGAUAGGCUACGAGGAAGCCAACUUGGUGAGGGGAAGAGACGAAUGGUUGGAAUUGUGCGUGGAAUUAAUGAAGAAAUGGACGAUGCUUUGCUCGUUUUCGUUUCAUCAACAUGAGCGGAGGCGUGAUCGAGGCACUGGAUGGGUGACUGUCGUGUGUUCAGAAACGGCACAGUUCAUAAAACUGCAACGUAUGAGCAUUGUAGUGGGCUGCGGAUAUGAGAUUUUAGCCGAAUUUGUGUAGCAUUUGAGCAUAAAAUUAUUUUUUUUUUAUUUUUUUUAUUUUUUAUUUUUUUGAAUUUUCUGUAGAGAUCAACAUCUACCGUCCCAAUCUUGAUCGAUCCAAGCUUAAAUCGAUCCGCUAUCCUUUGCCAAAUCCUAUUAACCGCGUUCGUUUUACUCAUACAAAGAAGAGAGAUAUGCUCAUAAGAGACCGUUUCCGACCGUUAAAAUGACCGCUGUGCCCAUCUCCCCUAUCGCCGCGCCGGCCCCUUUUUGUUUCUACCUUUCUCUCUUGCUCUUCUUUUCCUUUGUUUUCUUCGCCUCAUCUCUUCUAGUUGUCUUUAUAUUAUAUUUUCAAGAACUGGCAAGAAGCUCUUCCUUUCCAGCGCUCCCGCUUCGAUUGGCAAGGACUUUCUUAUGCAUUCUCUUCAUGGCUUUCCUAUUUCAGCAUAGAUUUUCCUGGCAUUAGCCAGAUUUGUUCAACGAAUUGGCAGCUUUUGGAGAAAUCAGCGGUCUUUUCUUCUUCUUCCUAAUAUUCUUCAGUAAAGUGAAAUCUUCCCCAUUUUCGACUGAAUUAUUUUGAUUCCGUGACAAAGCUUAGAUUUUGCUAAUCUGGCUGCGGAAUUUCCUCUGAGAUAACUGUGGAUGCGUCUCAGGAGGAAGGAACCCGAUGCCGUUGGAGGGGAGGAGAGGUUACAGAGAGAUUUGAGGGUUGAAGCCAAUGGGGAAUACAUGUGUUGGUCCAAGCUUUUCAAAGAAUGGACUCUUUCAAUCCGUUUCUGUGAGCUUUUGGGGCACUCGAGGUCAAGAUGAACUGGUUUCCCAAAGUAAAGAUGGAGUCGCAAGCAAUGAGAGCGCAUCGGCCCAGGUGAAUUCUGUCCCUAAAUCCCUUCAAAAUGAACCACCGGAACCAGUUAAGAUCCCAGAUGCUAAGCCCAAGCCUCCUAUAUCUCCAGAAGAAAACGUACAGCCCUCGUCCGAUCAACCCCCGAAGAAGGAAACAAAGAAACCCCGGCAUGUUAGGAGAGUCUCCAGUGCUGGACUGCAAGCCGGGUCUGUUUUGCGGCAUAAAACGGAGAAUUUGAAGGACCAUUACAGCUUAGGACGCAAGCUUGGCCAAGGCCAGUUUGGAACCACACACCUAUGCGUGGAGAGGGCUACUGAUAAAAAAUAUGCCUGCAAAUCCAUUUUGAAGAGGAAGUUGACUACCGAAGAGGAUGUAGAGGAUGUGAGGAGGGAAAUUCAGAUAAUGCAUCACUUGUCCGGCCAGCCGAACGUAAUUUCAAUCAAGGGGGCUUAUGAAGAUGCUGUAGCUGUUCAUGUUGUUAUGGAAUUAUGUGCAGGUGGUGAGUUGUUUGAUAGGAUAAUUCAGAAGGGAUAUUUUACGGAGAGAAAGGCAGCAGAGCUUACAAGAGUGAUUGUUGGUGUUGUAGAGGCUUGCCAUUCUUUGGGGGUCAUGCAUCGCGAUCUGAAGCCAGAGAAUUUUCUUUUUGUUAACCAGUCUGAGGAAGCGGCUCUCAAGACAAUUGACUUUGGUUUGUCAAUUUUCUUUCAUCCUGGGGAAAUAUUCAGUGAUGUAGUUGGCAGUCCUUACUAUGUAGCACCAGAAGUCUUGAGAAAGAAGUAUGGUCCAGAGGCAGAUGUGUGGAGUGCUGGGGUGAUAAUUUAUAUUCUUCUUAGUGGUGUUCCACCUUUUUGGGCAGAAAAUGAGGAUGGGAUCUUUGAAGAGGUUCUGCAUGGUGGUCUUGAUUUUGAUUCUGAUCCAUGGCCUAGCAUCUCUGAUAGUGCCAAAGAUCUUGUGAGGAGAAUGCUAGUUAGAGAUCCUAAAAGGAGAUUGAAAGCUCAUGAAGUUCUAUGCCACCCAUGGGUGCAAGUGAAUGGCUUGGCGCCUGACAAGCCUCUUGACUCCGCGGUCCUAUCUCGAUUGAAACAGUUCUCUGCAAUGAACAAGCUCAAAAAGAUGGCUCUCAGGAUAAUUGCUGAGAGCCUCUCUGAGGAUGAAAUUGCUGGCCUCAAAGAAAUGUUCAAGAUGAUAGAUACUGACAACAGUGGUUAUAUAACCUUCGACGAGCUUAAAGCUGGACUGGAAAGAGUGGGUGCAAAUAUGGAGGACUCAGAAAUCUAUGCUCUCAUGCAAGCCGCUGAUGUUGAUAAUAGUGGCACCAUUGAUUAUGGGGAGUUCAUAGCUGCUACUCUGCAUCUAAAUAAGAUAGACAGAGAGGACCAUCUAUUUGCAGCCUUCUCCUAUUUUGAUAAGGACAGCAGUGGCUACAUAACUAGAGAUGAGCUACAACAGGCCUGUGAAGAGUUCGGCAUUGAGGAUAUCAGAUUGGAGGACAUAAUACAGGAAGUAGAUCAAGACAAUGAUGGACGUAUUGAUUACAAUGAAUUUGUGGCAAUGAUGCAGAUGGGUAAUACUGGUUUUGGGAAGAGAGGGUUGAAGAAUAGCAGGAGUUUUGGUCUUAGGGAGGCCCUGAUGCUUUGAUCAGAUAGGAUUCUUUUCUCUCUUUUUUUUUUUUUGGAUAGGUUUGAGACUACUGAGUUUGUAAAAAUUGGAGAAGAAGAACAUAGAAAUAUAAGCCAGAUAACCAUUUGCAGCCUGAAUCUAUACAGUUCUCUCAUUAAUUGUUAUAAUUCAGAGAAUUGAAAAGAUCUGUUGCUGUGUUAAAUUCUUCUAUUGUUAUUAUACUGAAAAAAUCAAAAUCUAUCAGAAUGUUUUGAUUUGUUUUAUGUCAGAAUAAGUAGCCAAAAUAGUUGAAUAUACAAGAUGGAUGCUUAAAAUUAGAGGAAGUUUAAAGAAAAAAUAAAAAAUUUUGGUUUUAUUUUUUGUUUUUAUAUAGAAAUCUUUUAGCUUUAAUCAUGCCUUCUACAUUUAGUUAUUUUACCUUAUCAUAAUCCAAAACAAAUCAGAAUAUCUUAAUCCCUCUAUUGCAUUGUGGAAGCAUAGCUUGAAAAGAAUUUCUCGUAGCAGAUAUUGUGAUAUGCAAUCUAAGCUUUCUUGAAUCAUAAUACUACAAAGAUUAAGAAAGUAAAUCAACCUGAUACUAACCCAAAUGCAGAUUACUCGAAUUUCACAUAAAGGAAACAUUUUCUAAAGAAAUUUAUAAUGAACAUAUUUUUUUUUUAAAGUUAAAGAGGAAAUAUCAUUACUCAGACACAAAAGAUAAAAGAAAAGUAGAAAGAUACAAUCAAAGUAAUAGAAGGACCCAAGAGGUGUUGCUUCAGUGAAGUGUAGGGAGAACUCUGGCCUUUGGACAAAAGGGAUGAUUGCUCAAAAUAUAAACACUUAAACAGUCAAGGAAUUCUUAGGAUUUCACCAACUUGUUACAAAAUAGUAUGGCUGCUUUUGUAACCAAAUUUUUUAGGGUUUAGGAGGGAACACAAAAGUGGGAAGUAAUUUUUCUUAUAUCAUAAAAAAAAUUUGAUACAAUGAAAUUUAUAGAUUGAUGUAGGAAUGAAAUAUGAAAAUAUUUUUAGGUAUAUAUAUAAAUACAAAUUAUAAAAAUAAGACUUGUAUUUUCUACUUUGGCAUAAAUUUUUUGGUUCCUGAUUUCCUUCUUUGGUAUGAAUUUGUGGGAUUCUCAUUUUCUUUCCUUUCCUGAGUAUGUGGAUUCAUGAUUUUCAUAUUUAGAAUUAAUUUAUAAUUUUUAAUAGUAAGAAGAUAUGUUGAUAUAAAUGCCUUCCAACACUCUCUCAAAUAUAAAAAUAUGUCACUCAUGUAUGAUUAUGUGUGAUAUAUGUUGCAAACUUAUUUCAAUAAUAUAUAUAUAUACCAUAGAUAUAUCCUACUCAAUCUAUAAAUCUUUAAAGAAAAUUUUUAACUAGAUUAAGGCCUCGUUUGGACAAUUUUUUAUUAUUUUAUAAAACAGCUUUCUAGUACAAAAUUUUUAUUGAGAAAUUGUUUUAAGAAGCAAUAAGAAAGCUGUCCUAAACAAGCCUAACUCCAACUUUCCUUGUGACAUUGCUCAAAUUUUGGCUUUUGUAAUACCCAUUGCUACCACAUUUUAUUUAUUUUUUUCUACUUAUCAUAUAAUAAUAUUUAUUCUGAAAAGAUAAAAUAUUCAUAGAGGAAUCUCUUCUUUGUAGGUGAACCUAUCUGGUUAGCAUUUAUGUAACUUCAAAUUUAAGCUUUUAAACAUCUUAUUAUUAGACAUGCAACUCAUUAGCUUUUGUACCCAACAUCCUAUAACAAUAUCUUACCUACUUUCUUUCAUACUAAAGUUUCUCUAUUAUUAUAUUAAUAUCAAUAUUCUAUGACUUCAGCCCAUUUUCUUAUAUAGAAAUUUGAAAUAGCAUAUAGGUAGGCUUUAACCAGGUUCAAAUUUAAUUUAAACUUGUUUCAAACAUCAUAAGCACUAAGGUUUCAUUUGGGACAAUGAUAGACCGGCCAAAUUUGAUUGGGAAGGAAUUAUUAAAUUUCCUAAUCAAGAUAAAGUUGUUUAGGAUGGUUCUUAAUCAAAAGGAAUUAAUUAUGAGAUGUUUUCUAAUUGAAGAGAGCAUAUAUGAGGACUGAUUUAGAGGGGAUUAAUUAGAAAAUAUUUUCUAAUUGAAGAUGACAUAUUUAGGGGCUGAUUUUGAGGGAUUAAUUAAGAAAUAUUUUCUAAUUAAAGAUGGCAUAUUUAUGGGAUGAUUUGGGGGUUGAUUUGGGAGGAAAAUAAUUAAGGAAAUAGGAGGGAAUUAGGGGAGGGCUGUUUGGGUAAUUGUUGUUUAAUUGUUUGCUUUAAAUAGGAAGAGAGGAUUAGGGUUAGGGGUAUGCAAAUUAUUGUGGUUGUUCUUAUUCUUGGAGUUUGGUGUCUUGAGCUCUAGGGAUUGGGAGAGAUGGCUCCUCCUCUCGAAUUAAGGAUCAAUUGUAUCUUGCUAUUUUUCUUCCGUUAGUUUAAUUUCUGCAAUAAAAACUACUGUUUUGCUUGUUUUUCCAUUGGAUUUGUGGAGUGUUCUUGCUAUUUUUGUCUCUAUUGUUAGGGUUUACUUGAGAUCUUCAAGUAGACAGUUUCUUCAUGCUUCUUAAAGCAACUUUCUAGUACAAAAAAUUUAAUUUGUAGCUUUAAGAAACAGUAAAAAAGUCAUCCUGAACGAAGCUUAAAUGUUGUGUUCAAAGUUUGUUCAUUUUUGAAUUUACGAUUCUCCUUUUGACUUCUUCCUAUUAUAAUCUAAUUGUCAACAUUGGACAGGGUAAUAAUUACAUUCAAACUUAUGUAACAAAAAAAAUGAAUAUUAACUAGUAUUUUAGUACACAUUUAAACUUGAGAGAUUUAAUGUACAUACAAAUACAACACAGAAUAUUAUGAAAACUAUAAAGUUCUUACCUAUGAUGCACGGACACGGACACGGCGACACGGACACGACACGACACAGACACGAGACACGGUUUUUUUUUAAAAUAUAGGACACGAGUACGGCGCGGACACGGCAAU